ACACUCUCACGCACACACACACACUCACUCACAUAAAGUUCCUCUCACGCCACUCUAUAGCCAGCAGUAGACAGAGAAGUUAGCGUCCUCAGCAGCAAGGUGUCAAGAUGUCUGACCAGACUUUUGCAGCAAGCAUAAGAAACAGUAUGAUACAAGGCAUGAAUAAAAAGGAUGAGGAGAAGCUUUACAAGAGAAAUGGGAUCUUCUACCCUACCAUCAUGAGUCCACCGGAGAACCUGGAUGCCUUGAAGGACCUGGAGGCCAGAGAGGAUGACGUCAUGCUGGUGGCUUAUCCCAAAUGUGGUUGUAACUGGUUGGUGGGAGUGUUGAGGAAAGUCAUGUCUUCGUGUGCAUACACUCUCCCUGACGGACCUCCGCUGAUCGAGUUCCACACUCCAGAAAGACAGAAGCAUUUAGCCCAGUUGCCUUCAAGGCGGUUGCUUGCGACUCAUUUGCACCCUGAUGACAUCCCUGCUUCAUUCAAGAAAAUAAAGUUGUUGGUGGUUUUUCGAAACCCCAAGGACACCGCCGUCUCUUAUUACCAUUUCACGAACAACAACCCAGUGCUGCCCAAUGCAGAGUCCUGGGACAAGUUUGUCUCUGACUUCAUGUCCGGUGAAGUGGCCUGGGGUUCAUAUUUUGACCACGCCCUGGGCUGGGACAAAUACAUGGACGACCCUAAUGUGCUGAUUAUCACCUAUGAGGAACUAAAGGAGAACCUGGAGGAGGGUGUAAAGAAAAUCACAGACUUCUUCAAUUUCACCCUGACGGACGAACAGAUCAAGCAGAUCGCCGAAGAGAGCACGUUCAGUGCCAUGCGCUCAAACUCCAAAACUAGUCAUGGGAAUUUUGCCAACAUCAUUUUCCGAAAAGGUGAAGUCGGAGACUGGAAGAAUCACUUCAGCGAGGCUCAGAGCAAGCAGAUGGAUGAACAGUUCAAGAAGAAACUAGAAGGAACCAAAAUGGGAGCCAAACUAAAAUACGAUCAGUACUGUCAGUAAACUGAGAGAGUAAACACUGUGAAUUUUUGAAAACAUUUUUUUUAAUAGUUAAAUGAGUUGCAGUGAUUAAGUAUAAAUACUCAUUACCUCACUACUAAUGCUGAUGGAUUUUGUUGUUGUUGUUUUUUUACUUUACAAAAUGUGAAUGUGUUUAUUUCUACUGAUUAAAGACUUCGCCACUAGAUGGUGCAACAA